GGCACAGACAGAAACCAGACCCAGCCAGGGGCCGCAGGCCGCCUGUCUCUGGGGAGCCUGUCCUUGGACAGGUCCUGGGCUAGGAGCCAGUUUGUGCCGAGGGUAAAAGGUGCUGGCAGCCAGCUUGCUGCACCCUGGAGCCCUGGCCGAGGCCCCUCCGUUAGGUCCGUUGACUGCCCCGCCCCUAGACCGCUGUGGGGGACUCCAGUCCUCAGUGUCAGGUAAACCACCUGCCUGGGGGGCCCGGCGGUGGCCUCUGGCCGCAGCCACUAGAUGGCAGUACUGCUCCCAUGGACACACCCUGGACCUCAGACUCAUUUGGGAUGUUGGGAGGUGGUUUAUUAUAAGGUCAAGUUAGUGUGGCAGCUUUUCUGAAAAACAGUCACAGUUGUUCUAAAUAGGUGCCCCGUCAUUAUUUGGCCUGAUACUUGCUGUGCAUGAAAUUGGCCAAUGCAGGUGGAGAGAGCGAUUGGCCUUAUAAAGGUGCCCGUGCCCUCUUAAAUCAGGCCGUCUGUCUUUGCCAUGGCAUGCGGCUGGUGUCUCACAUGUUGGCAUUUGCCCCGAGUCCCUCCAGCAGGCAAGCUGCGGUCACCAGUGACAUGGAGUCCGUCGAGCUCCCACACGGUCCCUGGGCCCCACCUCGGCAUGGAGACUAAGCUGGGUGGCACUCAGGCUCAGCCGCCCGCUCACCCUUCUUCCUCUGUGGGGCCCGUGGGAGCCGGGGCAGCACAGCCACCAGCAGGGCCCUGCCGGGCCCGGUUCCUGCCCUCAGACCUUCAAUGUGCAGUGGUCCCCCCAGUCCUGGCUCCAGCGGACCUCUGCCCGCCCUGCCCUACCGCAGGGGUCCCAUCCCGUCCCAGGUGUCCCUCUGGGCCAGCCCCAGGGCUGCUGGCAGCAGAGCUAAUGCCCCACGUGCGUGUCCUGGCUGUCCUGCAUCCCAAGCUCUAGUGACUGCCUCAGCACCCACACACCCCAAAGGGCAUCGACCUGCACACAGAAGGCUGCUGUGUACACGGCCUGCCCAGGGGAGAGUGUGGCUGCUACUGAGGGCCGGGCAGGAGCGCAUCAGGGUGCAGGCGCAUGGACAGACCUUCACAUUCCCAGACCUGUUUCCUGAUAAGAAGCCGAGCCCUGAAGGCGGCUCUGUUGACAACAGCCUCUGGGACCUGCAGCAGAGGCAGAGCCAGGACCCCCGGCGUGGUGGCGUCCCCGACUGGUUCGGCCUGUGACAGCCCGUGUGGGUGUGGCCCUGACCCCAAUAAAAGCCCUGCGUGUGGAGAA